GUUUCAGCUGACCAAGUCAUGGAGUGGGUUUUGAUGUAUUCCGGAAGACCGUCAUCUUCAAGGCCGAUCAACCGAAAUGCCGAAAGUUCAACUUCAAUUGCCGAAAAGGAGCGAAAACAAGCAGAGGAUUUUAUCAAUGAUAAUUUGGAUGUUCCUUUGGAAGAGCUUGCUGCUCAGAACAAGGAACUUCAAAGGCUGAAAAUUAUUGAAUAUCAUAAAAUGAAAGCCAGGAAAUGUCCAACACUUGACGAGCAACCACGUGGCCCGGAUGGGAGAAUUAUCUUUUCCGAAGAGUACAUUGAUUUCAUGCUUUACCGUGAUCUUCAGCCACUAGUAGAUCUUCGAAUUCUCAAACACACUGAGAUAAUCAUCCAAGAAAGAAUUCGCGAGCGUGAUGCAGCAAAGAAGGGUAAUUUGUUGGAUUGUGUACAGGAACCAACGACCUCUCCCACCACUUGCCCAAAAGCAUGAAGUGGAAAACAUCAAGGACAUUCAAAAAUUUCAUUGCUAUGUUUUUAAAUUAAAAUCCACAAGUAGUUUUCAGUCCAAAUUAUUAAUUGUAAACGCGUGAAAAGUGUAUUUUUUAUGAAAAAAAAUUUUUAAGCUUCCAUGUAAACAUAGUGAUUUGCCAAUAUUCUAUAUUUUGAAAAUUGAAAUAAAAUGUCAAAAAAUAUUUUUGUAAAAGUGUGACCUGUUAGGGACGGUUUGAGAAAUAGCUCCCCAGCACAAAUAUCUUAUCAGAAAUAAAUUUUGCAAGAAAGUGUAUCGCUUCAUAUUUCAAUGACACGCGCAACGAGAUGAUUGAUUAUGAUAUAAAUUUUUUGGAACAGU